CCAGAUUCCACGUGGGCUGGCUUCUACUUCAUCGGCUCCUUCGGCGUUUCAUGGGCCCUGAUCGUGCUGGAGAGCUUGCGCAGUUACAAUCUGCAUAACUUCGGAUCUUGGACCACUAUCCCGGGAUUGCUCAUGUUCAAUCAUACUCCGGCCAUAUAUCUGCCUCUGUAUCUCGGUGUACGGCUUGCCCUGAUGACUCCGAGCAACAUCACACCAUCAGACCUGGCGAUUGACCCGGUUCAACUCGAGCUUUUUCCUUGGGCCUUCGCCAUCGGCUAUGUGGCGCCGUUCAUCGUGCUGUUACUUCCCGACCUUCGCAUCCGCGAUAUAAGCAUCAAGCAGUCCGUCGCAGCUUGGUGGCAGCAAUGGCCUGCUUAUGUUGCUCUCUGUCGACUUUUGUUGUCUCUGAUCUGGCGCCCAGCAGUACUUCCAUCGCCUCCGGCUACAGAAACUUGGCCGCAAAUUGAGUCCGUGUACAUGUUCAUCUUCGUGAUAGCUGCCCUGUCACACUGGCUCUCGGUAUUUGGCGCCUUCGCAACACGCGUGACAAUGAUCGAGCUUUUCUUGCCGGCCUUGCCUGGAAAGGAUAAGAAGGCACGCCACGGGUGGGAAGCAGCAAAGUGGUGUGUGCAAUGGGACGUCGUCCUGGAUACGCCUGCGAUGGUUCUUUGGGCUGGUGUUUUGUAUUGGCAGACGGGAGUAGUCAUGGACUCUUCACUUUGGCAGCGUCUGCUUGUUAACUUCCUGCUCGCGGGACCUUUGGGGGUUCCCAUUGGCUUGUUGUGGGAGAGGGAUGCAUUUGUUUUG